AUGGCAGCCGCUAACGAAAGCGAGCAGCAGGCUGCUGCUGGUGCCGGUGAGCCAACACCACCCGGCCCCGCAACUGCCCGCCCGCCGGCGGCCACGCUUGAUGCGCAGCUGUUGAUGGCUGCUCGCCGCGGCGACAGCAAACAGCUCAAGGAUCUGCUGCCGCUGAUCAAGGACGACGACGAGCAGCAAAGCUCGUCCGUGGCGGCGGGAGCACAAGACGUGGAGUACCUCGACUGCGCCAAAAUACUGGUCCGCAACAAGAAGCGCAAGGGCGGUGCAGAUGCAGCGCGCCUAGCCCUGGAAGCGCGCAACCGCAAGGGCGACACGCCCCUGCACUGCGCCGCCGGUGCUGGGAACGCCAGCAUGAUCUCUUGCCUCGUUGAUCUCAUCGCCAACGACACCACCGACGACGAGGCGGGGGCACCGGUGAAGAAGGCGUUCCUGAGGAUGCAGAACGAGUGUGGAGAGACCGCGUUGCACCAGGCCAUCCGCGCCGCUGCCGACAACAAGCUUAAGGUGGCCUGCAUCGACCAGCUGAUGGACGUGGAUUCGGAGCUGGCCUGCAUCCCAUUCCCACGUCAGGAGGAAGAUGCUGGUGCUUCCCCGUUGUACUUGGCUAUCUCACUGGGUGAAGUCGAGAUUGCGCGGCACCUGUAUAGCAAGACUAAAGGCGGCAAGCUGUCCUAUUCCGGACCACAUGGCCGUAACGUCUUGCAUGCAGCGGUUCAUCGUGGCCAAGCGCUGCCUAUGAUUUUGGAAUGGCUCAUCAAGGACAUGAAGCCUAAAGAAGACAGUAGUACUGUGUCUCUUGUGUCGCGACUGACUAGCGAAAGGGACAAGAAGCAGAAGGAAGCACCCUCUUCACUUGGCCGCGUCCUUGUCCGGGUGGCCAGGCGCGGGGCGGACGACGAAGGAUCCUACCCCAUACACGUCGCUGCAUGGUCUAACAGCAUCGUUAUCGUGAUCCUGCUGGGGAGGUGUCCGGACUGCGCCACCCUGCGAGAUGGCAAAGGACGGACGUUCCUCCAUGUCGCCGCCGAGGAGGGAUGCCACGAUGUGGUUCGAUAUGUCUGUGGAAAAAUGCCACAGCGAUUUUCAUCGAUGAUUCUGAAUGCGCAGGACAACAACGGGGACACUGCGCUGCACGGCGCUGUCCGUUAUGGGAACCUUGCCGUCUUCAACUGUUUACUUCGGAAUCCACGGGUACGCUUGGACGUGACAAAUAAAGACGGGAUGACACCACUGGAUCUUUCAUGGAGUAUGACCCCUUCAGCAAUUCUUUAUUACGUGCUUAAUCCAAGAAGUGUUGUACGGCUUUCAUUGCUCUUUGCAGGAGCUCCUCAUGGUGGAGGCCGGCCGGAGCUCUUCUGUGAACAACACAUCACCAAAGGAGACGAGGACAAAGAGUCACAGAAACAUACAGAUGCAACGCAAGUGAUGAGCAUUGUCGCCGUACUUAUUGCGACCGUCACAUUUGCAUCAGCUUUCACGUUGCCUGGUGGUUAUCGAUCCGUCGGGGACUCAUCUAGCAAUAAUCACGCUGGGACGCCGGUGCUUGCUGGGAGCUAUGUUUUCGACGCCUUUAUCCUUGCCGACACCUUGGCAUUCGUCUGCUCCACCUUGGCUACCUUUAGCCUUGUCUAUGCCGGGGUGCCGGCCAUGGCCAUCUCCAUCCGCAACUACUACUUCAACAUUUCGGCCGUGUUGCUGCAGAGUGCAGGAAGGAGUUUCGUGGCCGCUUUCGCCUUGGCCUUGUACCCGGUGCUGGCUCCAGUUGAUCAUACAAUUGCAGUGACUGUCUGCGUCAUCAUUUUUGCAUCUUUGCUCUGGGGAAACGUGGAAGCUUGGCGGAUCACCUGUGGGGCAAACACGGUCCGUGCUCGAAUUGGGAUACGGCGAUUUCCAGUACGGGCUUACGUACGACAAAUAUUGUUUUAUGUCUUGGUACACUUUUGGUCGUACAUAAUAAUCCUUGGUCUCCCAGCAAUUCGGAAGUGGGCAAGUAAAUAA